AUGGACAGAUGGCUCGCUCGUGUAGCCCUUAUGCUCAGCUUGACAAAAAGUGUUGCAGAUGCUGCCGAUUUUGCACCAUUGAAGGGUGCCUGCGAAGCUGUUAUCACAAUUUUGGAUUCCGUUCAGGCUGUCAAAGACAAUCAAUACGCACUCUACACUACGGUCCUCCAAACUGCGUUUCCAAAUCCAAAGCCAACUCUCCUGGAGGAUAUGAGAACUAUUCUGGGCGUACUUGCUGUCGCUAAAGAGACUCUAGACAUGAAAACCUUAACGGAUCUCCUCGUAAUGGAUCCUUGGACGGUCGAAUACAUAUGCAGUGCGCUACGGCCGGUGCUGGAAUUUGACGGGGGACUUCGGUUCCGCCACCAGUCCUUUGUGGACUUUUUUUAA